AUGAUCAGAGCAGAAGGGCCUCCGAUCCUGAAGCUGCAGGAUAUUCCUGAAGAGCUUCUAUUCAUGAUUCUAUGUUGGGUAGAGGAUCUUGACCUGCAAACUGGCCUGAACGUAUCUCGAUUGCUCAGGAGAUUAUCAAGUGAUAUCAUCUUGGUUAAACAUCUGCUGCGACGAAAUUCAUCACGUUUGGAAGCUCGGCUAUACACUGGCAAUCCACAGCGACCUAGUAGAGAAGAUUUAGUCACUUUAAACAUCAUAAAAGGUCCCACUCGAGAACAUAUGCGCCGAAUUUUGGCAACUGGUGGUUAUUUAGGAAGUCCAACGCUUAGAGCGCUAUUGGAGGCAAGAAAGGGACUCGAAAACUGGUCUAGAAAACGAAAUCUGACAAAGAGGAUUGAAGCAAGAUUGAACAUACAACAACUCAGUGAACGUAAUGUCAUUCCUCGAGAAGCCUUGCCAAAGUCAUCAACCACACAUGGAGCGCAAAGGACAGUUAUCCAACCAACUCUGUUGCCGAAAGUUAUGUUGCUCAGGAAGGCUCUUACUCGCAACGCAUUGAAUAAAGCUCUUACUCGACGAAUGAAGUCUGAAGAUUGGGAGGCCAGCGACUUGAAUCAAAUGCAUCGAAUAAUCGCUCCUACAUCGUCUCUGGCACCAAAGUUAGCCAAGACUGCCUUUGAAUUGAACCAACGCUUACGAAAUCGUAACGCUUCUGAAGGGUUUAAGAAACGUGCCAAACUCGAGGCUCUGCAGGAGACAAAGAUUCUGCCAGAGAUUCAUAUAGCUGCACUAAUCUGUCCGAAUAUCAGGUCCAAAAUCAACAUUUUUGAACAUGGUGGACUACCAUCGCCGCCAGCAUCACCACCUAGAAAGUAG